AUGAAGGACCUUCGCCCUAUUUCGUUGUGUAACAUGGUGUAUAAGAAAGUUUCGAAACUCAUUGCUAAUAGAUUGAAAAAGUGUUUGUCCAAAUGUGUGUUGGAGGAGCAAUCAGCGUUUGUGGAAGGUCGUUCUUUUCUUGAUAAUGCUAUGCUUGCUAUCGAAAUUAUUCACGCCCUCAAAAGGAAGACUAGGGGGAAUAAGUCACAUCUAGCGCUUAAGAUUGAUAUUAGUAAGGCGUAUGACAGGAUGGAUUGGGGUUUCCUGCAAGGCAUACUUGGUAAAAUGGGUUUUGCGAGUAAAUCGAUUCAUUGGAUUAUGAUGUGUGUGAUUUCGGUUCCUUACUCUAAGCAUCAGUUUCAAGAGAUAAAUCUGAACAAAUCUGAAAUGUUCUUCAUCCACAACAUUAGCAGACCUGCUCAGGAAGACCUCGCCAAUCUUAUGGGAAUGUGUCAUGUGUUAGGUACAAGAUCAUAUUCGGGGUUACCAUCGUUGAUUGGUAGGAGUAAGAAGGGGAAAUUCAGUUUUAUUAAGGAUCGAAUUUGGAAGAUGAUAAACUCUUGGAAAGGAAGAUCUCUGUCCAAAGUUGGGAAAGAUGUGAUGAUUAAGUCGGUGUUGCAAUCUAUUCCUUCUUACAUCACAAGUGUUUACAUCAUUCCUAAUGGGGUGGUAAAGGAUAUUGAAAAGAUGCUUAACUCCUUCUGGUGGGGUGGUGGAGGUAAUAAUAAAGGUAUUAGGUGGAUGGCUUGGGACAAACUUACGUGUACGAAGAUGGAGGUAUGA